AUGGCGGCGGCUGCCAGACACUGCUCAUCUUGGGCAGGCUUGGAGCCAGAUCUCCUAGGGCUUGUACUCAGGCGGCUACCCUCCCUAGCGGAUCGCGUCCGGCUGGCAGCAGUCUGCCGCCCAUGGCGCCGCCACUGUGCCUGGCUAGGGCCCGAGCCCCCUCCGUUCCCGUGGCUCACCCUCCGUGACUGCACCUUCCUCAGCAUCGCGGACGGUAAAAUCUACUGCUUGCCUUCAGUACCACCGGGCAAUUCACGGUGUCAUGGCUCCGUGGGCAACUGGCUCUUUCUCGAGCAGCAUGUCGGCGACGGGGGCUCGCCGCCGCUGUCACUGAUGAACCCUUUCUCCAAGAAUGUCAUGCGGCUACCUGAUGCAGACACCAUCUGGCGUCACGAGCCAGUAGAUGACUACCCCAGCGAACGCAAGUUGCUCAAGAUGGUCUUGCUCUCGUCCAUGGACGACGACCUAUCGCCAGAUUCUCAUUUCGCGGUACUCAUCACAGAUUGCAGGUUUGAGAGUGUGAUCUCCAUCUGCCAGCUCUCGACUGCCUCUGCAUUCCGGGUGCCUGACCAUGAGCGCGUAUGCGAUAUUGCACUCGUCAAUGGGAAGCUAUAUGCUCUCUCAGCUAGGAAGCUCUUUGUCCUUGAUGAGGUUGAGUCAACAAGCAGCAAAUGCAAGCCAAAAACCCCAUCAAUGAAAUGCAUCGCAAAUAAUGACGUCCAUAAUCCAGGGAACCUACGCAAAACCAUUGCUGGCAAGGAGCAUAUCUGUGCGUAUUGGAACUAUCUUGUAGAAUCCAAUGGUAAAUUACUGCAUGUAAGACGGCUGAUUGGAUGCGAGUCGUCAGUGUUCGCGUUGCGGAAAGAUCGGGUGGAGCAUAGCCGGACCUUUUCAUUUGACGUAUUUGAGGUCGAUUUGACCACCUCUUCUUGUUCCGUUCAAUGGAGACGGCUCAAUUCUCUAGGAGGCAAAGCACUCUUUGUUGGCCCAUACUCUAAGGCUGUUCAGGCUUCUGAGUCUGGAGCUCAGGCAGAUUGUAUUUACUUCAUAUGCGACUAUGAUAUUACGAGGGAUUGUUUUACAGAUCCUUUUCGUGAUAGUGGCGUGUUCAACAUGAGAAACGAGACGAUCGCGCCUUUGUUACCAGAGACUAUGAUGAUACAGGCGCGGAAAGGAGUUGCAAAAGGACGUUCAGCAAAAAAGUUUUAUUCGGCCCGUCCAUCAUGGUUUUUCCCCUACUAA